UCUGGAGCUCUGUCCUUCUUGGCCGACCUGCAGGCAUUGCCCACAGCCUCAGAGCGGCCUCUGGCAGGCGGCGCGGCCCAUGGGCUAUUUCGAGCUGCAGCUGAGCGCGCUGCGGAACGCGAACGGGGAGCUGCUGAGCGGCGCCUGCUGUGACGGCGACGGCCGGACGGCGCGCGCGGGGGGCUGCGGCCACGACGAGUGCGACACGUACGUGCGCGUGUGCCUCAAGGAGUACCAGGCCAAGGUGACGCCCACGGGGCCCUGCAGCUACGGCCACGGCGCCACGCCCGUGCUGGGCGGCAACUCCUUCUACCUGCCGCCGGCGGGCGCCGCGGGGGACCGGGCGCGGGCGCGGGCCCGGGCCGGAGGCGACCAGGACCCCGGCCUCGUCGUCAUCCCCUUCCAGUUCGCCUGGCCGCGCUCCUUUACCCUCAUUGUGGAGGCCUGGGACUGGGACAACGACACCACCCCAGAUGAGGAGCUGCUGAUCGAGCGGGUGUCGCACGCGGGCAUGAUCAACCCCGAGGACCGCUGGAAGAGCCUGCACUUCCGCGGCCACGUGGCCCACCUGGAGCUGCGCAUCCGCGUGCGCUGCGACGAGAACUACUACAGCACCACGUGCAACAAGUUCUGCAGGCCGCGCAACGACUUCUUUGGCCACUACACCUGCGACCAGUACGGCAAUAAGGCCUGCAUGGACGGCUGGAUGGGCAAGGAGUGCAGAGAGGCCGUGUGCAAGCAAGGAUGCAACCUGCUCCACGGGGGCUGUGCCGUGCCUGGCGAGUGCAGGUGCAGCUACGGCUGGCAGGGGCGGUUCUGUGACGAGUGUGUCCCGUACCCCGGCUGUGUGCACGGCAGCUGCGUGGACCCCUGGCAGUGCAACUGCGAGACCAACUGGGGCGGCCUGCUCUGUAACAAAGACCUCAACUACUGUGGCAGCCACCACCCUUGCGUCAACGGGGGCACGUGCAUCAACGCCGAGCCCGACCAGUACCACUGCGCCUGCCCUGACGGCUACUCGGGCAAGAACUGUGAGCGGGCUGAGCACGCCUGCGUCUCCAACCCAUGUGCUAACGGGGGCUCUUGUCACGAGGCGCCCUCCGGGUUCGAGUGCCGCUGCCCGUCAGGCUGGAGCGGGCCCACCUGUGCGCUUGAUGUCGACGAGUGCGCCUCCAACCCCUGCGCGGCGGGAGGCACCUGCGUGGACCAGGUGGACGGCUUCGAGUGCGUCUGCCCCGAGCAGUGGGUGGGGGCCACCUGCCAGCUGGACGCCAAUGAAUGUGACGGGAAGCCGUGCCUUAAUGCUUUUUCUUGCAAAAACCUGAUUGGUGGCUAUUACUGUGAUUGCAUUCCGGGCUGGAAGGGCGUCAACUGCCAUAUCCACAUCAACGACUGUCGUGGGCAGUGUCAGCAUGGUGGCACCUGCAAGGACCUGACCACCGGCUACCAGUGUGUGUGCCCGCGGGGCUUUGCUGGCCGGCACUGCGAGGUGCGGCUGAACGCGUGUGCCAGCGACCCCUGUCGUGGAGGCCUCUGUGAGGACCUGGUGGAUGGCUUCCGCUGCCACUGCCCCAAGGGCACCUCCGGGCCACUGUGCGAGGUAGACACGGACUUGUGCGAGCCCAGCCCCUGCCAGAACGGGGCCCGCUGCUACAGCCUGGAGGGCGACUAUUACUGCGCGUGCCCCGACGACAUGGGCGGCAAGAACUGCUCGGUGCCCAGGGAGCCGUGCCCGGGCGGGGCCUGCAGAGUGAUUGACGGCUGCGGGCUGGAGGCGGGGCCCGGGGCGGCCGGCCUGGCGCCCGGCGUGUGUGGCCCGCACGGGCGCUGCGUGAGCCUUCCCGGGGGCAACUUCUCCUGCGCCUGCGACAGCGGCUUCACGGGCGCCUACUGCCAUGAGAACAUCGACGACUGUCUGGGGCAGCCGUGCCGCAACGGGGGCACGUGCAUCGACGAGGUGGACGCCUUCCGCUGCUUCUGCCCCAGCGGCUGGGAGGGCGAGCUCUGCGACACCAAUCCCAACGACUGCCUUCCCGAUCCCUGCCACAGCCGCGGCCGCUGCUUCGACCUGGUCAACGACUUCUACUGCGCGUGCGACGACGGCUGGAAGGGCAAGACCUGCCACUCGCGCGAGUUCCAGUGCGAUGCCUACACCUGCAGCAACGGCGGCACGUGCUAUGACAGCGGGGACACCUUCCGCUGUGCCUGCGCCCCGGGCUGGAAGGGCAGCACUUGCAACAUCGCCCAGAAUAGCAGCUGCCUGCCCAACCCCUGCGUGAACGGGGGCACGUGCGUGGGCAGCGGGGACUCGUUCUCCUGCAUCUGCCGGGACGGCUGGGAGGGCCGCACCUGCACGCACAACACGAAUGACUGCAGCCCCCUGCCUUGCUACAACGGCGGCGUCUGUGUGGACGGCAUCAACUGGUUUCGCUGCGAGUGUGCGCCCGGCUUCGCGGGUCCCGACUGCCGCAUCAACAUCGACGAGUGCCAGUCCUCGCCUUGCGCCUACGGGGCCACGUGCGUGGACGAGAUCGACGGCUAUCACUGCAGCUGCCCGCCGGGCAGGGCCGGCCCACGGUGCCAGGAUGUGAUUGGAUUUGGGAGGCCCUGCUGGUCACAGGGGGUGCCCUUCGCGCACGGGAGCUCCUGGGUGGAGGACUGUAACGGUUGCCACUGUGUGGACGGCCGCCGGGACUGCAGCAAGGUGUGGUGUGGGCGCAGGCCUUGCCUGCUGGCUGGCCGGCCUGACACCUUGAGUGCCCAGUGCCCGCCAGGGCAGCGGUGCCUAGAGAAGGCCCCAGGCCAGUGCCUGCAGCCACCGUGUGCAGCCUGGGGGGAGUGUGGCACCGAGGAGCCCCUGCUGCCCAGCACCCUGUGCCUGCCGCACUCCAGCCACCUGGACAACAACUGUGCCCGCCUCACGUUGCACUUCAACCGUGACCAAGUGCCCCAGGGCACCACCGUGGGCGCUAUCUGCUCUGGGAUCCGCGCCCUGCCAGCCACAAGGGCAGUGGCCCGGGACCGCCUGCUCGUGCUGCUCUGUGACCGGCCGUCCUCAGGGGCCAGCACAGUGGAGGUGGCUGUGUCCUUCAGCCCCGCGAAGGACCUGCCCGACAGCAGCCUGGUCCAGAGCGCCGCGCACGCCAUCGUGGCAGCCAUCACCCAGCGGGGCAACAGCUCGCUGUUCUUGGCGGUCACCGAGGUCAAAGUGGAGACGGUCGUCGUGGGCAGCUCUUCCGUGGGCCUGCUGGUGCCAGUGCUGUGUGGUGUGUUCAGCGUGCUGUGUCUGGCGUGCGUGGUCAUCUGCGUGUGGUGGACCCGCAAACGCAGGAAAGAGCGGGAGAGGAGCCGGCUACCACGGGAGGAGAGCGCCAACAACCAGUGGGCCCCCCUCAACCCCAUCCGCAACCCCAUCGAGCGGCUGGGCGGUGACGGCCUGUGUGGGGGCCACAAAGACGUGCUUUACCCGUGCAAGAACGUCACGCCCCCGCCGCGCAGGGCGGGUGAGGCGCUGCCCGGGCCCACGGGCCGUGGGGACGGCGGGGAGGAGGACGAGGAGCCCGGCCGCGGCGAGGGAGACUGCUUGGAGGCCGAGAAGUUCCUCUCGCACAAAUUCACCAAAGACCCCAGCUGCUCUCCUGCGAGGCCGGCCUCCUGGGCCUCAGGCCCCAAAGUGGACAACCGUGCGGUCAGGGCCACCAGUGACUCGCGCCGCGCCGCCAAGGAGUAGGGCGGCCCGCGGUGGGGCCGGGGCCCAGGACCACCGCAGCCGUAGGAGGCCGAGGCCGUGUGCAUAGUUUCUUUAUUUUGUGUAAAAAACCACCAAAAACCAAAAACAAAUGUUUAUUUUCUACGUUU